CUCCUCCCCCCAGCCGUCGUUGGAGAUUCCCACUUCACUCCCUGAAUCCGGGAAUCUGUGUUCAGCCAUGGCGUCGGGCCUGUGCAGUGUUGUUGUAUGGCUGGUAUUAUGUGCGAUUUUGGCUCCGUCCGUGUCCGCGGAUGACGAUUGUCUGGCCUAUGAAGAUGCAUUUCAAAAAUACAACCGCUACCAGGAGUGCCGAAAUGAAUUUUGCUGCGGUAGCUGCCGUGAGAGAUACUGUUGUCGUUUUACCUCCUUGCGAAUCACUGAGGACAGACAACUAAAAUGUGACUUAUGGACUGAUCAUAUGCAUUCAUCUUCGGCGAUGUCCGUGAGCGUUGCUGUUUCUUCAGUAAUUGUUUUUCUCUUCAUCAUCAUCACCUGCUGCAUCUGCCCCUGCUGCUGCUUAUACAAAAUGUGCCGCAAACCACAACCUGUGAUAGCCACUACCACUCACACAACAGUGGUCACUGCCAGUCCUCAGCAUUACCCCCAGCAGCCAACAGGAAUGCCUUCGCAGCCUCAAUCCUACCAGUCGACUCAGUAUCCACCGUACCAGCCCAUACCAGUGCAGCCAGGGUAUGUAGCCCAGCCCAUGCCUCCAGCACCUUACCAGGGACAAUCCUUUACACCGGGGCCACCUCCAACAUAUCAGGAAGCCAUUGGUCCAAGCUACCCUCCCAACCCGAUGCCUUACAGCCAGGCUGCGUUCUCCCCCAGCCAGCCACCUUACCCUCUACAGCCUCCUGCUCAGCCGGGUGCUAACGCUCCAACACCUACACACGCAGACUUCCUUACCCAGCCUGCAUACAACCCGAAUUACGUCACACCCUAGACUGGAUGAUGGACCACGCCAUGCUCUCUCAGCCACUUGAAACAUGCAGUGUUUAGGAACUUGGCAGAACUUUAAAUGUGUGAUCUGAGUCAAGAUAAUAUCUGUUCCAGAGGGUCUACAUUCAUGUGUUUCAGUGAUUUAAAUGUGGUUAGUGACACAUUUUAAGUGCUGUUGAAGAUUUGCAAGAUGAAAAUGUUUGUCUUGGAUGGUAUUGCAUGGACUUACUAUAUACUAAUAGUGAGGUUACUUUUGAUUACAUCAUAGUCAUCCUGUUGAAUGAAACAUAACACCAAAAUUUGUCUGAUUUUCAAAAGUAUAUGUGAAGUGCAUUGUUAUUUUUCAACCUGCUGAACAGGCUUCAACAUCCCCCGUCCUUGUCCUUACUCGCACUUGUCACUGGCUAAACCUGCUCGGCCUCCUUCUAUCCAUGAUCUGUGGCGACUGGCUUCAAAUUGGUGAUGGAGAAGGUUUCGUGUCUGUGGCCGUGAUCAGAUUUCUGAUAUAAAGUGCUAUGACUUUUUUGAUUUUCAUGGAGUUACUCGUAAUGUAGAUGUGUAAUGUUUGGUAUGUGUUUAAUAUACAUGAUACUAACUACAUGUAGUCCCAAAAUGGGUGUGUUUCUCACAAGAUGGUUUAGGAAGGAGUCAAAUCGUUGUCAGUUGCCAAUAUUCACAGAGUCUUGGGUCUUCUUUCUUUAAGAAUUCAGGAAAAGGGAACUUGUAUCACAUCAGUUUAAUAGAAUAAACCUUUCACUCAGGGAAGGUUCACUUUACAUUUACGUUUUAUUUACAUAUGUUCAAGGGAGACAUCAGAUUUUUCUUUUUAUUAUCAUAUUUUUUUUAAUUUACUCUUCUAUCUUACAGCUGUGCACAACAAGCGGCUAAAAUGCAUCGGCAGUUCUGACUCAGUUAACCAAAGAAAAUGCUUUUUCUCUUUUAUUCAACAACAAAUGUAUACAGCCUGGUGUGCAAUUAAUGAAAAAUGUUGAAAAACAGUUGUGCCUUUGUCGCUAUCAAACAGCAGCGCGCAUGUAAAAUGUUUUAUUUUCUAUUAAUGUUUGUUUGUUUGUUUCGCGAUAAAAUUGGACACUCUAAAUUGACUGUAGGUGUGAGCGUGAGAGUGGAUGGUUGUUUGUCUCUGUAUGUGUCCCUGUGAUGGACUGGCGACCUGUCAAUCGCAGGGAGUGUGACACCGCCUUUCGCCCUAUGUCAGCUGAGAUUGGCACAGCUCUCCCAGCGACCCUCAUGUGGAGGAUAAAGUGGCAGAGGAUGGAUGGAUGUUUGCGAUAGUUGUGUUACUUGUACUGAAAGCUCUAUGUUCAACAUAAACAUAGAGCUGUGUAACCGUCAAACCUUUUAUUGUCGACUCAAAACCCACACUUUAGAGUCGACUCAAGUUUGCUCAUACAUUUUUGUGUUGUUUUGGUAUUGAAAUCAUGGCUUUCUCUUGUAAUCACCACUGCCUUUAUUCAAGAGCCCUGCUGUAACAGUGACUUUUAGUUUUUUCAAAACUUUCAAUUUUUUAAAGUUCUCCUAAUAGGCCAUUCUUGCUUUGUCACUUGCAUUUUUGUUGUUUUCAAGCAAAGCCUCUCUUCUCCUCUGCUCACUGAAAUUACUUGAAAAUAGUUGAACUAAAGUGACCUUUUUUCUUAUCGUCAGAAACCAGAUAGCAAUUCUGUUUAAAAUGCCUGACUUUUGAGAUUUCCUUGCUCAGACUUUGGUUGUGUUCAAAGAAAAUAGUACCUUGUGUAUGUAUUUUAUAUAUUAGCGUUUCAGAAGGUCUUUCAGUCACAUUUUUGCUGUGGUUUUAUUUUACCACCUGCCAGGUAAUGAUGAUGAUGUCCUUAUAGGUCUUAGUAAUUUACAUUUUCUUUUUUUUCUUUUUUUAAGUUGUGAAGAACAUGCAUGUUACCUACAUCAACCAAUCAAUUUGUCUGUAUUUGACUGUAGCCUCACCUCUUGCCUCAAACGUUUUGUGCUUGUGUUCUGCCUGUGAUUUCAGCCCCUUUGGCCAGUGAUUCUUCAAGGUGGAGUGUUUGUAUUUGUGAGUUGUAGCCAUUGUCAGUUGAUGUUACUUUGAGAAAACAUGUAUGUCUUUUAUUUUGUUGAAACACACACACACACAUGCACCUAUCCUGCAGAGUUUAAUAAAAAAAAAAAAAUAUACGGUGUAUAUAUAUAUUUACUUUCCCAAGCGUUGGUUACUGAUACUGCUAACCCACGUUCAGACAGCAGUGCCAUGAACAGACUUCUAUUUUCAGCGCAAACAGACCCAGAACUGAGCUAAAUUAAAAGCUGAAUUAGUCUAAAAGUUCUAGUUCUAGCAUUUGUUAGAACAUGUGGUUAUUACGGCAAUUUCACCGGCGCUUUUUCAGGAAGCCGGUGAAUCAUCAUCUUUGUCACCAGAGAGCAAAGAGUUGGAAACACCUGUACAUAGUUUCCAUUUUUUGGCCCGUUUUUGGACAUUGAGACAAAAACUCAAACAUAAACUAUUAUUAUACUGUUCAAAUUUUCAAGUUUUUUUUUUUUCCAGAUAAUUAAAGUUAUUCUGGAAAAAUGGGGAAGAAGCACACACACAGGACAUUUUCUGGGCCUUUUAUGGUUAAAAUAAGAAAUAAAUAAAAAAGUCCAGACACACAUUUUGAGGCUUAGGUGUUAAAGGAUUAAGUGAGAAUGCAUAGCUAAAUGGGACAUGUUAAUAAAUUAAACAUUGCUGUAUAAAAAGAAACAGCAGUGCACUAAAAAGAUAAGAAAAUGUUGCAUUAAAAAAGAAUGGUAAUGUUCAGUGUGUGGCUGACCAGUACUGUAUGUCAACUGCUCUGAUUUAUUUGUUCCAAAUAAACAAUUGAAGAUACAGUAAGACUACAACUGAUACAUGCUGUAGGUGUAAGUGCUCAGGGUUCAGAGGAGACUGGGUGGAGAUAGUUCAAAGUAUUUAGGUGGAGUUACUUGACUGUAUAAUCCACAUACAGUGCUGUAAAACUCAGUAGGAAAAGAAAGUGAGACUUAACAAUUUAUAUCUACUUCUGGUGUGAGUUUCUGCUUUAUAAAUGGUAUAAUCUAACAUACAUACAUGACAUUGAGAAUGAAUGUUAAGGUUUCAGCAGUUCAAUCAAAAUGCAGCAACUGCUGUUGCCUUUAAAACUUUGACAAACUAUCCUGCAUGUCUUUCACAUGAAGUAAGGAAUGUUGUUUGGUGACUUAUGACAGGGGUGGUACUGUCAAACAGACUGAGAUGGUUGUAUCAGUGAACUAGGAGCCACUUUUUUGUCAUACCUCAUUAUGGCAGUUAUGGUUUCAACUGUCUUGUCCAGUCUUGUGUGUAUUUUGAGUGUGAUCCUUCUCCUGCCUGUAAGGGCUGAUCACUGUAGUAGCUAUUGGGACAGAGACGGCGUUUACCAUGAUAUUGAAAGGUGUGAUAGCUACUGCUGUGGAGACUGCAGCAAGAAAUACUGCUGCAGUACAAAGGAAAAGCAUCUUACCCAAGAGCAGCAAGAGGCCUGCCAUGAAAGUGUUUUUUCUCCCAGGUUUGGCAAAGGAAUCAAUACGAUUGGUAUGAUUGUGGUAGCCAUCGUUUCGACCUUGCUUCCCCUCCUCUGUGUCAUUAUCAUCAUCUGCUGUCUGUGUCCUUGCUGCUUGAUAUACAAGAAGUGUCGGAAAAGGCGCAACCAACAGCAGCAAAUUGUGAUCAACACCACCCAUGUAAGCAAUGUACCUGGUCAGCCAGUGUCUCCCCAGCACCCGUCCUACCUGGACUACCAGCCUGUGCCUGUCGUGCACGGAUACGGAGGCCCACCCAUGCCCACAGCACCACCACAUUUAUACAUGGAUUCAACUCACCCACCUUCAUUCCCACUGCAUCCCCUCCAGCCUGCAGGACUAUCUUAUCCACCUCCACCACCAUAUUCAGAUGAUCUUGCACAUCCACCCUACAACCCAUCCCAUGUCCCAAACCCCUGAACCUUCAAGCUGACCAGAUAAAACCACCUCAUGAUGAUUGCGCCGCCAUUAUCGCAGGAAACAAAUCUUCAGAAAGUGCUUGUGUGAUGUUUUAAAAUAGAACUUUUAAAGUCAAGCUUUGAACUUUUUGUUAAAAAAUAUUCAGUUUAAGAGGGAAAAAUAUAAGUAAAAACAUUUCAAGUCUUUAGAGAGAUAAAAAAAUGCCUUACCAUUUAUUUUUUAUAUUAACAUUUAUUUGGAGAUGGAUACAAAGGGGAAUUGCAUGACAAUAAUUGUUCAGUGAAAUACAUCACUGCAUUUAUUUAAUUAAAAGCCUAAUUUUGACACUUUUGCAUAAAUGCAGACUCAGUUGACCUCCCAUUCCUAUUUCCUACUCAAAUUGCCACUAGGGGUCGCCUUUGUCCCACUUCUGUGUAGAAAAAGGAAACUGAGGCCUUACUUAGGAUUUAUGGUUGUAAUCUAACCAUUUCCUCAAGUAUAGUCUCUGCAUAACGUUCAGUUUUGUGCUGCUUGUGAUGUAAACAUGCUCUAGCACCUUUAAUAGCUGUUUUAGGAUAUACUUUUUCAAACAGUUUAAACUAUGCAGUGAUUCUACAUCACAACAAACAUUUGAUGACACUAACAACAGUGUGUGUUGUGUAGCCUGCACAGCCUACAUCUCUGGAGAGAGUUAAGUGCAAACCUUUGUUACAAGUAGAUAAAGUGUCUCUGGGAUUAUUAAUACAUUGUUUUAUCAUCAUCCUGAGCCCAUGUUGGGGUUGCAAUUAUGCUUUAGGAAUUGUUGCAGUUAUGAUAAUGUGAGGAUGAUAAGAAGGUCCUUUAUGGUAUUAUUUGAAAUAACUGCACCAUAACAAAGUUUUCUUAAAAGUGUUCUAAUUAAAUGAAAAUAAAAAAACAACUUUUAUUAGUCUU